UAACCGGUGGGAAAGGGCUGUCACUGGGGACUAGGGCUGUCUCCAAACCUCCUGUCAAGUUUAAAUCACAUACAGCUCCACCGACUCUCAGUCUGCAUCCUCCUCUCCUGUGCUCGCUCGCUCCGAGCUCCCUCCUCUCUGCAUCUGCCAGUUGCGCUCCCUGUCAACCUUGUGAGGGCUCCUGUGAGGCGUCUUCCUCUGAACAUCUGCAGCAGCUUUUCCCCGUAACGAACUACAAAACUUCAUUUUCUAAAGAUCUCAAGACGCUGACACCCAACAGUCACCAUGGAGGCCAUCAAGAAGAAGAUGCAGAUGCUGAAGCUGGACAAGGAGAACGCCAUCGACAGGGCGGAACAGGCCGAGACCGACAAGAAGGAGGCGGAAGAUAAAAGCAAGCAGCUGGAGGAUGAGCUGCUCGCUCUGCAGAAGAAACUGAAGGGAACAGAAGAUGAACUGGACAAGUACUCCGAGGCCCUGAAGGAUGCUCAGGAGAAACUGGAACUGUCGGAGAAGAAGGCCACAGACGCUGAGGGCGAAGUAGCAUCGCUGAACCGCAGGAUCCAGCUGGUGGAGGAGGAGUUGGACCGUGCUCAGGAGAGACUGGGCACAGCCCUGCAGAAGCUGGAGGAGGCCGAGAAGGCCGCAGAUGAGAGCGAAAGAGGCAUGAAGGUGAUUGAGAACAGAGCCAUGAAAGACGAGGAGAAGAUGGAGAUCCAGGAGAUGCAGCUCAAAGAAGCCAAACACAUUGCCGAGGAAGCCGACCGCAAAUACGAGGAGGUCGCUCGUAAACUGGUCAUCCUCGAGGGUGAGCUGGAGAGGGCAGAAGAGAGGGCAGAAAUUGCAGAACUCAAGUGCGGUGACCUGGAAGAAGAGCUUAAGAAUGUUACCAACAACCUCAAGUCUCUAGAGGCUCAGUCUGAGAAGUACUCUGAGAAAGAAGACAAAUACGAGGAGGAGAUUAAAGUCCUGAAUGACAGACUUAAAGAGGCGGAAACCCGUGCAGAAUUCGCAGAAAGGACAGUGGCUAAGCUGGAAAAGACCAUAGAUGACUUAGAAGAUGAACUGUACACUCAGAAGCUGAAAUUCAAGGCUAUCAGCGAGGAGCUGGAUCAUGCCCUCAAUGAUAUGAACACCUUGUAAACCCUGCACUCUGCCGACUUUGCAUCUUUAGAAGCACUUUGUCUCUUUUAUUCCUUUGCAUUCAGAGUUCCCUUCUCCUUCUUUUUGCAUUAAACUGAAGCUUAAUAAAGACCUUUUUCUCUUUUA